AAAUUUUGGUCAUAAAUAACAAUAAAAUUAUGAGUAUAUAAGCCACGCAAAACAUACAAAAUAUAACAAACAAAAACAUAAGCAACUUUAAUAAUUUUGCAAGUUAACAAGUUACAAGUAACUUAAAUUCAAUUCAAACAUGCGUUCAAUGAUUGCUGUAUUGACUGUACUUUUCGUUGUCUUCACCAUUGGUGACUUCAAGAAUGUAAACCAGAAAUAUGCAAAGACUAUCCCCCGAGUCAGUCAACAAUUUAAAGGAACGUUUGUUGAGGACUUUAAACAGGGAAAGAAUUCAUCGGCUUUUGCCCUGAACUCAGCCAAUAACUGUUGGGUGUGCGACAGUCCCUGUGCUAUGAUCUACUGUUGCGAUGAUGGGUACCCCCAGUGCUGUAUUGUCGGCGGUUAUUGUGGCUGUUGUACGAACUAAACACUAAACAUCAUAUACUUUAUAAUAAUAAAUAUUUCCUUAUAAUACAUAUUAUUUGCAUUUUUCUGUAUAAUAUGAAAAUAAAAAUUCAUUUCAUUAAAGGCUAAUUAAUAAGUCAAUUUAAAAUU